UGACAUCAUCUCCUCAGUCUGCGUGGGGCUGGCGUUCAGUGAAACCGACACUGAAUUCGGUGGUAGCAGGCGUCCGCAUUUCACCAUUGUUUUGUUUUGCUUCAGUCUAUUCGAAACCACAUGGAAACACCGGGAAUAAAGAAUGUUUCGCCAAGCUGCGACGUUUAGUCGUUGUCAUCUGCUGGAAGAAGACGACUUUCUGAAUGAACAACCGGUGUUCAUUUACCCGCCCGAGCCUUUGGCACUCGAACGCACCGCUCGCUGUGGAUACCGCCUGGAAAAUGCGUUAAAUUAAAUAGAAACAUUAAUCGUCUGCUGUCCUGUGUUGCUCGUACGAGCCGCUUCUUAUGGCUUUUACCAGCAGGACGACAUAAGAAGCCUCAUCACGUUACAUCCCGGUUAGAUAUGGCAGUCAGCACAACGGAGCCGCUCUGUCAGCCCUGCGUCUAUCAUGAAGAUUUUAAAGGCUUUGUCUGCUUCCCCAAAACCUGACCACUCCCCUCCUGUCAUCAUCAAGCACCCCGUAGAGGGUUCAUGCAUGGUCCUAGGCUCUGUGGAGCUGCAGGUGAGGCGACCUCUGAUGCCUGUUCGACUGAGUCCUGAGCAGGUGGGGCUGGAGAUGAUGUGUCUCUGUGGGCAACUGGACCUCCUCAUCAGGGCGCAGAUGCAACAGUUCCAGGAGCAGUUAGGUCAAGGCUGUAGCCCAGAAGAGUCGGACACCUUUCAGACCCAAGGAUCAGAGAUUCUUGACCAAAUGCUCCAGUGCCUUGAACAUCUACCAAAGCCUAUGCCACAGCUAGAGGACUACCUGGACAUGGUGGGUCUCUCAGCCAUGUUUCCUCGUGUCGAGGUCUUCCUUAUUCAAGGCAGCCCUGUUGAUAUGCUGGAUCGGCCGCUGAUGGAUGAAUACUUCUUCCAUGUCGCCAAACUGAACCAGCUGCUGGUGCUGAGUCAGCAGCUGGAGGAGGACAUCAGGCACCUGGGUAGUCAUAAAUACAUAGCCCACCAGCUCUCAGUUAUAUAUCAAGUCAUCAGCUCUUUCAGGGGAAUCCAGGUCUUUUCAGAAAUAAAGAAGGACAUUGAGACCAACUUCAAACAGAUGAAGCAGUCUCUGGUGGUGGAGGAAGGCUGCAGGCACGAGCCUCAGCUGACAGCUCAUUACAUCAGCUGGAUAUUGGACAUAACGAAAGGCCUGACGUCGCUGGUUCUGUCACUGCCAGAGGAGUUGACAGAGGACCUUCAUCAGGCCUUCGCCUUUGUGUCUCAGUUCCUGUCCUAGAAGCAAAGUCACCCCCGCAAACAUCCCGGCAACUCCAGUAUGGAUCUGGCUGCUAACUGAACUGAACCAUGACUGACUUUUAAAAAGGUGCUAUGCCAUUUGAUUCAACUCAACAACGAAGAGCUGGACAGCCUAGCUUACUUGCAGAUAAUGUAGAGUUUUUGUUAUUUUGUCGUUCUCGUGUUUGGGACUGAAUGACAGCUUGAUGAAGCCACCCUUGCACUACUGUAAUUACAACUUAAUUUUUUUUAAAUACCAUGGGAGAAUAAAAUUGAUUAAAAUGAAUCUACGACUUG